AUGAUCGCCAAACUAGCCCUGCUGCUGCUCGCAGUGGCCGACCUCGGCGCGGCGCGCCUCGACAAGGCGACGCACCGCGAGCUCCUCCUCUCUGGCCGCCCGAAAGUCGGCCUGUGGAAGGCUCUGAACGACGAGGCGCUCGCUGCCGCACUCCAGACUUCGUCCCAGACGACUUUCUCGCCCAAGCCCCGCUUCGAGGCAUACUGCUUCGACCAGCCCAUUUCGCACUUUGACAAGACGGUCAACGGCACCUUCUGCCACCGCUACUGGGCCGAUGCGAGCCACUACAAGGAGGGCGGGCCGAUCUUCCUCCUCGACGGCGGAGAGACGAGCGGCGAGGACCGCCUGCCAUUCUUGGAGACUGGUAUCGCCCAGAUCCUCGCCAACGCGACCAACGGCCUCGCCAUCGUGCUCGAGCACCGAUACUACGGCGAGUCGGUCCCCGUGAAGUCGUUCUCGACCGACGACCUCCGCUUCUUGAACAACAACGAGGCGCUUGAGGACUCGGCUUACUUCAUCAAGAACUUCCAGCCGCCCAAGUCGCUGCUCAAGCUCAGCAACCCGGAUGCGCUCAAACCCAAGAACGCACCGUGGUUCUACUACGGAGGAUCGUACGCCGGUGCGCGCGCGGCCCACAUGCGUGUGGAGUACCCGGACCUCGUGUGGGGCGCGAUUGCGAGCAGUGCCGUGACCCACGCGCAGAUCGACUUCCCUCAGUACUUUGACCCGAUCCAGGAGUACGCCGACUCGGACUGCAUCAGCGCGAUCCAGACAUCCGUGCAGGUGAUCGACGGGCUGCUCAGCCUCCCCGGCCCGAUCAACCGCGGCAUCAAGGGCCUGUUUGGCCUCGAGGCGCUCGAGGACGACGACUUUGCCGAGGUGCUCACGUACCCCUUCGGCGCGUGGCAGGGGCAGAACUGGAACCCCGGGGUCAGCACUGACGCCUGGGACAACUUUUGCGAGGCCAUCACCUCGGGCGGUGCUGGGAGCCAGAUCGGCCUCAUCAAGAUCCCUGCGGAGAUCAACAACUACGCCAACUGGAUCAAGAAGCACUACGUUUCUCUCUGCCCUAUUGACAUCGUGGACUGCUUUGGCUCGCACAACGACGAGGCGUUCCUUGCCGAUGACCUCGAGCAGUCGUGGCGUCUGUGGCUCUUCCAGGUCUGCACCGAGUGGGGCUACUUUAUGCCUGCGCCGGAGGAGGGCCCGUCCAUCCUCUCCAAGCGCCUCACCCUCGAGUACACGUCCAAGAUCUGCAAGCAGGCAUACCCUCCGGGCAAGCACUUCACUGUGCCUGAGUGGCCGAACGUCGCGGAUGUCAACGACCGCGGUGACUACGACAUUGAGUACAGCCGCCUUGCGUUCAUCGACGGCGACCGUGACCCGUGGCGCACAAUGACCCCUCAGGCCGACUGGGCACGCAAGCGCAAGUCGUCGGUCGACAAGCCGGUGCACCUCAUCUUCGACGCGAUCCACCACUACGACGAGAACGGGCUGGAGAACCACGACGAGGAGCCCGCGCGCAUCCGCGACGUGCACGAGCUCGAGGUGAGCUUCAUCACCGAGUGGGUCGCGCAGUUCCACGAAGCCAAGGGAAAGCAGUAGAUGCAAUGCAUGGUCGUGUGUCUUGAA